GGACAACCUCCGCGUCUUGAUACAGACUUUUCUCCCAUGCCUACGCGCCUACGCCACCAGGAAGGCGGCGGCUCCGAGUCCACGGAUAGCGAACUGCUGCUGGAAGCCGCGCGGGUGCUGCUGGAGCACACCCGCCAGCAGCGCGCCGCCCCCGGACGUCCCGUCACGGACGACGAAGACCUCGAACUGAAAGCGGCGCAGCUGAUGCUUCGCGCGCACGGGCAGCGCGCUCCGCAGCGGCCUUCCGCUAUCGAGAGAAGUCCUCGCCCGUCGGCCGGCCCGAGCACCGCGCGACACCGCGACCGACGACGUCGACAGCCGCGGCCGUCGUCGAGCCCUGAAGAGGCAUCGAACGACGUGAUCGUCCUCUCGUCUGACGAUGGCGAGCAAGAAGAGGAUGAGCUCGAACACGACGAACACAGGCCACGGAACAAGAGGCGAGCGAGGGAGGGCGAACGCGUCGGUGCAGAGCCGGAGGAUCGCAAGAGAAUCAAGGCAGAGCCGAUUUCGUCAGACGGGCUCAGACUGCCGGGAGCGGGGAAGGACGGCGGUUCGCGAUGCACGCAAUGCGUGAUGAGGAACGUGGCUUGCCUGAAGCAAAAGGGCUCCCAUGCGCGCGCGUGCCAGUAUUGCGCGCAUAUGAGGUUCAAGUGUUCGUUAGUAUGAAACUCUUGACCUGGCAACACCCCGGCUACGUAUAUCGCUGCCUCGCUCAAUGUCAGCCUCUCCGCCUUCCGGCGGUUUAACAUCGGCUCAAUACGUUGUCGGCAACUUGACAAGGGGAAUCUCUCUCCUCUCGACCUCUCGCACGCAGAGCUCAAGCGCGCGCAAUGCCGUAUAUCGCGUUCACCUCACCUCCUCCUCCG